AUGCUCAGGAGAGAUAUGGGAGCUUUCAGCAAUCUCGACCUCAUCGCUCAGGUAGACUCGUAUCCGUACGAGCACGACACGACUCGCUAUGCAGAGAUUGGUGGUUCCCUAUACACCCUCAUCUGUGGCGACGGUGAGGGCGACGUGUCUCUGGGCUAUGUGUUGCCAGAAGUGGUAGAAAAGCUGGCAGAGGCGCCGGCCAGUGUGAGAGGAGAAAUCAGCAUUGACACUGCGAAGCGCACCAUUUCUGCAUUUCAAGCACCCACACUAGGUGCCCGCAGUAAGCUGGCAGCCGAUCUUUUUGAUUUCUGGAGGAAGCGCGAUGCUUUUCCGAUACUGCGCGGGUGGCGAGACGAGCUGUGGCCUGUCUACGGGCGUAAAGGCGAGCUACUCAUCGACAUGGAACGAUCUGCAUCCGGCCUGUUCGGAGUCAUGAGGUACGGGGUGCAUCUAACAGCAUUCGUACGCUGCCCAUCUGCAAGUCAUGGCAUCAAAAUUUGGGUACCUCGCCGCUCUCCGACCAAGUCGACAUUUCCGGGCAUGUUGGACAACACAGUGGCAGGAGGACUGAUGACGGGGGAAGACCCAUUCGAAUGUGUCAUCCGCGAGGCGGAUGAGGAGGCCAACCUUCCGGACCAGCUUGUUCGCAGCCGCACGAAGCACGUGGGCGGCGUCACCUACAUCUAUAUCACCGAAGCAGAAGCAGGGCAGGUGGGUCUCAUUUAUCCCGAAGUUCAAUGGUUAUACGAUCUCGAACUACCUGAGGAUGUUGUGCCGCAGCCAAAGGAUGGAGAGGUUGCCGAAUUCCACCUGUGCACCGUUGAAGAAGUCCAGCAUAGCCUGGCACGGGGAGAAUGGAAGCCCAACUGCGCUCUCGUCAUGCUCGAAUUCUUCAUCCGUCACGGCAUCCUGACGAAACACAAUGAGCCCGAUUACGACCAUAUUCUGCGAAGAAUCCACCGAAGACUGCCAUUCCCAGGCCCGCACAACCAGGACCCAUCCCUAGGGGCUAUAGAUGGCUGA